AUGAAUUCCGCCUCGACAGCUCGAGUAAAAGAGAAGAUUCGUUAUGAUAUAAAUGUCCAUCGUAAUCAAUACAAACAAAUACUAUUAAAUUCAAGAAGAGGAGUUGUAGUUGAGGAAGAAGAUAAUGUAUUUACUGUUGAAGACAUGCACAAUUUGGCACAAGAAAUUAAACAUAAGAAACAAAUUACUGUUGAACAAUUAAGGUUAUUAAAAAAUGGUUUUCUGAACGGUAUAGACUUUGUUUCAGAGUUUUACCAUGUUCAAGGGGCCGCUGAAUCCUUACUUCAUCUUGCAACUGGUAAUAAAAAUGAAGAAGUACAGUUAGCAGCACUUGAAUGUUUUUGUAACAUGACCUUAGGAGAUAGAAAGACAUGUUUAAAAUUGACAAAAUUAAUUAUACCAUACUUGAUGAUGUACAUCAAUCAUUUGAAUUUCAAUAUAUCAGCUAUGUGUAUCUGGACUCUUGGAAAUUUGAGUGAUUCUAGUCCAGGUUCAUGUAAAGUGCUUCAAAGUCAAAAUUUCUUUGAUGCACUGGUUGAUCGCUUACAAAACUCAACCUGUGAUGAAGUUAUUUUCAAUACCUUUUAUGCCUUAAGACUUUUUUUAAAAAACUACCUGGUCCAUUUAAAGAUUGAUGAUCUACACAAAUUGCUACUCGCAUGUUAUGAACGAUUGAAUACAUGGAAAGAAUCAUUUUGGAUUGUGUAUCAAAUUUCUUGUUGUCAACAAAUUGAAUUGCAUAAUUCAGAAUGUAUGGAACGUUUAUUGAACACCUUAAAUGAAGAUAUAAUCGAUAUAACGUGUUUAGUGCCUAUUUUAAGAACAUUUAGUAAUAUUAUAGCUCAUGAUAGUACUGGUCAUUCCGCAUAUAAAUUUCUUUAUGCAUUACUACGUGAAAAAGGAUCUAUUAUAAGAAAUAUUUUGAUUAAUAAUAGAAAUAUUAAUCUAAAUGAUGAAUGUGCUUGGUUGUUAGGUAAUGCUUUUAAUGCAUUAAAUAUUAGGGAACUUAACGGAAAUGACCAUUUGACACACACAGAAACCUUUGAUGAAAUUUGUGAUUACCUUUUGGUAUAA